UGAGCUGCUUGUAUGUAACGCGGCAGCAUCCACACCAUGCUCCCUUUACCCUGACUCUAUUCUCCCUCUCCCAGCCUACCUUAAUCAAUACUGCAUUAUUUAUUUUAUUUUACUAAAAAAGGGAGUGUUUUUUUUUCUUCAUUGGGGUGUGCUUUUUUAAUUUAUUUUUGUAUCAUUCAUCACAUUGAGACUUCCAAGCUCUGCAUUGAGGCAGCACAUAUGAAAGGGACCAAUAGACAGUCACACAAUUAAGUCCCUAUUGAUGGUGAGCACCGAAAGGAUCUCGGUUGGGCGUCACAAGAACGGACAGGUUUAUCCAGCGAGAGAGGGGGGGAGAAGAAGCGAAGACAGCCAUCCCCCCCUCCCUCUACAUCCCUGUCCUCCUCCCCCUUUCCUCUUGAGGAUUUUCCUUGCAUCUGGAUCCCCUUGGAAAGAGAGAGGAGAAGAUGACCACAGUGGGUAAAGAUGGUGGUGGAACACCCCACAUGCAGUAUGUGGGUCCAUACCGGCUGGAGAAGACGCUGGGAAAGGGACAGACAGGCCUGGUGAAACUUGGGGUUCAUUGUGUCACGUGUCAAAAGGUUGCCAUUAAAAUUGUCAACAGAGAAAAACUCAGCGAGUCUGUGUUAAUGAAGGUAGAACGUGAGAUCGCUAUCCUCAAGCUAAUUGAGCAUCCGCAUGUCUUAAAGCUACACGAUGUCUACGAGAACAAAAAAUACCUUUACCUUGUUUUGGAGCACGUGUCUGGAGGAGAGCUGUUUGAUUACCUGGUAAAGAAAGGACGUCUUACCCCAAAGGAAGCUCGCAAGUUCUUCAGACAGAUCAUCUCAGCGCUGGACUUCUGUCACAGUCAUUCCAUCUGUCACAGGGAUCUGAAGCCAGAAAAUCUCCUUUUGGAUGAGAAGAAUAAUAUUCGAAUUGCAGAUUUUGGGAUGGCCUCUCUGCAGGUCGGAGACAGUCUGCUGGAGACAAGUUGCGGGUCCCCGCAUUAUGCCUGCCCGGAAGUGAUCAGAGGAGAGAAAUAUGAUGGAAGGAAAGCGGACAUCUGGAGCUGUGGGGUCAUUCUAUUUGCUCUGCUCGUGGGCGCCCUACCAUUUGACGAUGAUAAUUUAAGGCAGCUUCUAGAGAAGGUGAAACGUGGGAUCUUCCACAUGCCCCACUUUAUUCCCCCUGAUUGUCAGAACCUGCUGUGCGGGAUGAUAGAGGUGGAACCCAUAAAGAGGUUGACGUUAGAAGCCAUACAGAAGCACACCUGGUACAUUGGUGGGAAGAAUGAACCUGAACCGGAACAGGCCGUCCCCAGGAAGGUACAGAUGGGAUCUCUGCCAUCGUUGGAAGAUGUGGACCCAGAUGUCCUGGACAGUAUGCACUCCCUAGGCUGCUUCAGAGACCGCAACAAACUGCUCCAGGAUCUGCUAUCUGAGGAGGAAAACCAAGAGAAGAUGAUUUAUUUCCUAUUACUGGAUCGCAAGGAGAGAUACCCAAGUCAGGAAGAUGAAGAUCUACCACCAAGAGCAGAUAUUGACCCCCCUAGGAAAAGAGUGGACUCCCCUAUGUUGACCCGCCAUGGGAAGAGGAGGCCAGAGAGAAAGUCCAUGGAGGUUCUGAGUGGAACUGAUGGUGGAUCACCAGUACCAGCACGGAGGGCUAUUGAGAUGGCUCAACACGGUCAGAGGUCACGCUCUAUCAGUGGUGCCUCUUCAGGACUCUCGACCAGCCCAAUCAGUAGCCCCAGGCCUAUAAGGAGGUUUUUUGCCUUACCCCAACCCCCUACCCCUCAUGUCUCUAACCAUGCAACUAUGACCUCCAAUCCUUCAGGUCAUAAUGAUUGCCCUCCAGCUCACCCCAAAACACAUACCUUCCCUCCAAAACCCAGAGCCUCUGACAAACCCCUCCAAGGUACCAGAUCCAACCCCCUUCCUUCCGCAAACCCCUGUAGUGUACCUCCUCGUGCCCCUAAUUCACCUGCAGGACAUAAUGCUACCCGAACCCCGACUAGGCUUCCCCCCACUGACCUGGCCCCCAAAUCUGUACCCCUUAUACAGGUCACCCCUCAUCCAUCACCUCGUGGCAGUCCCCUCCCUACUCCCAAGGGAACGCCCGUCCACACACCUAAGGAGAGUCCAGCGGGCACCCCUUCCCCUACUCCCCCAUCCAGCCCAAGCAUUGGGGGAAUGCCCUGGAGGACAAGGCUGAACUCGAUCAAGAACAACUUUUUGGGGUCACCUCGGUUCCAUCGCCGCAAACUUCAAGUUCCUACAGCUGAUGAAAUGAGUAACCUGACACCAGAAUCAUCGCCAGAACUGGCUAAGAAGUCUUGGUUUGGCAACUUCCUCACGUUGGAAAAAGAGGAUCAAAUCUUCGUGGUCAUUAAAGAUAAACCUCUAAGUUCCAUCAAAGCUGAUAUUGUGCAAGCAUUUCUCUCGAUCCCAAGUCUCAGUCAUAGUGUGAUCUCACAGACCAGUUUCCGAGCAGAGUACAAGUCCACGGGAGGUCCAUCCGUCUUCCAGAAGCCAGUAAAGUUUCAGGUGGAUAUCACAUACACGGAAAGUGGAGAGAAGCAAAAGGACUGUGGAAUAUACUCCGUUACUUUCACUCUGCUGUCAGGUCCCAGCCGGAGGUUUAAACGGGUUGUGGAGACAAUUCAGACUCAGCUUCUAAGCUCACAUGAACAACCGUCUGUACUUCAGCUUUCAGACCCCAAUAACUGUAUGGAAUAUCUCAGUGGAAAGCUCUCGAAAUGUGGCCGCCCAAUCAGUAACUUCUUUGACGUACUUAAACAACUUUUUUCAGACGAGAAGAAUGGUCACGCCUCUCCCUCCCCUGGGCCCCUCAGCAAACAGCGUCCGGCUGAUAACAAGGAGCAGGGGCCUUUGGGAGCCAGCGGGAAAGAGAGAGCAAGAAAAACCAGCCCAGUCAUCACUCAGGAGCCCCCUGUCCCUGCUCCCCUCAGCAAACAGGGCACAUAACAGCAGGAAUCCAUACUGUGACCACAGGGGGUCACUAGAAAUCUAUGAUACUGUAGGGAGCUACCCUGGAAUACACAUAGUGACAGCACCACCUGAUGAUAUUAUAGGACUUAUUCCCUGUAAUACGCGUUGGGACUACAAGAUUCAGUGCUGCCUGGACAUACUCAUAACAACCCAAAAUGAUCAUUAAACAAGAACAGUAAAACAUAUCAUUAACUCUUUUAAGAGUCGACUAUGUCCAUACUACCAUGGUGAUAGUGUUACCAUUUUUAAUAGACACCGUUAGGGAGUAGGGGAUAAAUGACCACUAGCAAUCAUUUCAUUCCCUUAGGGACCAUCCUGCAAUAUAAACAGUGGCCACAUGAUGUCACCAUUUCCACUCCGUGAUUUGUUCAGUGAAUUUAAUUGCACAAAAAGACACCCGCUCCCUGGGUGUAAUGCCACAGGUUGUAUAUAGUAGUGAGCUACGAGAUAUGGCUUUAUAUAUAUAUUAAGUAUAUGUGUGUGUGUUUAUAUUAUUGCACACAUGUAAAUGCAUUAUUAAUGAUUAGCUAGAAGUGCAUCGUUUUCUAGCCGGGACACAAUGUUAUGUAUAUAAAAGGUCUAAAUAUGUAUAUAGAGCUUGCGCUCACUCGUUACAGGCUGCCUCCUGCUUGACGUUGGAUUUUUCGUUUUUAAUGAUUUUCUUUCCUUUUUAUGUGUUUGUUCUCCAUUUCAUCUCUUUGCUGUUUCUUCUAUUCAAUAUCUAUUUAUUUUUCUCCUUUGAUUUUGUUUCUAAUUUUUGGUCUUAAAACGCCUGUUUUCCUUUCGUUUUCCACUUACUUUUCUAUCUUUUCUUCUCAUUCCUGACUUUUUGCACACAUUCUCUCUCUCUCUUUCGCAUGUCUGUUUUUUUCGUUUUGCUCAAUCAGGAAUUAUCCCAAAAAGCUAACCAGCCGCCCUUCAUAUUCUACUUUCACCGUCCGCCUGGCCAGAAGGUGACCCUGACUCAACCCUGCAUCCACUACCCACAUCGGAUCCUGACGCAGGGACAUCUUUCUACAGUACAGGGGCAAUAAGGCACUCAGGAGUUGGGUUACCCUCAAGUUGUAACACCAAAGCGAUGAGGGUGUUUGCACAUGGAUAUUAAGAUGGCAGGAGCAAUGCAACAGGCCUACUCAUGUUACCUUAAUGAUAACCCUACUCCAGAUUCCCAGAAAUCCUUUGUAAUUGGAAUAACCUUGGGAUCGGCACUUACAGCCCUCCGGCUACAGUUUAAAUACAACAAGCGACCUGCUGAUUCAGCUACUGGCUAAGAGUCGUAUUGGAGGGUUAUAAUCGGCCUGUCCCACGGAGGCUGCACGGACCACAAAAAUCUAAGCUCGCAACUUGGUGCAGCUUUUUUGGCAGGGAAGUGGUUGACAAAACUAUAUUAAGGGAUUUUUAAUGCUGAAUGUAUUUAAGGGAUUAAUUAUGUUUACACACAUAUGUAUACUACAGAACAGCCGUACAAACAUCGUUCAGUAUAGACAUCGCUGCAGGGCCCAUCAAGGGUUAAAUGUGGGCUGUGAUCAGUACUGACCCCCACCCCCCACCUUUAGGGCAGUGCCCUAGUAUUUAGCUAUUCAUCUUGUGGGGAUAGGGAAUGUUUUUUUGGGGUCUGUAUAAAGGGAGGUGGGGCAUGUCCUAUUGAAUAAUGUGAAAUAUUGGGGCUAUUUUUAUAAGGUUUGUAAGUUUAAGGACCGGAUGUUAAUUCUUUGUGUUUAAAUUAUUAACUGCUGACUGCAAGAAUGGCCUGCUGAGCAAUGCUCUGCAUGGUGGGAGUAGCUGUGCAAUGUACUGCAGCACACAGGCUUUGCAACCUCAGUGUUUACAUAAUGCUUCAAUGUAUGUACAUAAGCACAUGCAACAUUGCAGUGUGUGUAUCCGUACAGUGCGCCGCAUCCAACCAGCUCACACACUUAUGUUUCUUAAUCAUUUUAAGGUUUCCUUUUGUGAAACACAGUAGUAAACACAAACAAACAAAAAACAAAAAAACUAAACAUCUUUUUUUU